AUGCUUCCACCCGCCCUCAAUAUCCCCAAAUGGCUCGAAGCCAACUCCCAUCUCUUGCAGCCGCCUGUGAACAACUAUUGUGUCUACCACCCUUCCUCUCCGGCGACAGCCGGUUAUACCGUGAUGAUCGUCGGCGGCCCGAAUGCACGAACAGACUACCACAUCAACACCACACCCGAAUUCUUCUACCAGUACCGGGGCUCGAUGCUGCUCAAGACGGUUGACACCUCCACCACGCCGCCCACAUUCCAAGAUAUCCCGAUCCACGAGGGCUCAAUCUUCCUGCUCCCACCGAACACCCCGCAUUGCCCCGUGCGCUUCAAAGAUACGGUGGGAGUGGUCAUGGAGCAACCACGCAAAGAAGGUGCGGUAGAUAUUAUGCGAUGGUAUUGUGGGAAAUGCAGCGAGAUCGUUUGGGAGAAAUACUUUGUGUGUACCGACCUGGGAACCCAAGUCAAGGCGGUGGUGGAGGAAUUUGGUGCCGACGAAGAAAAGCGAAGAUGCAAGGCAUGUGGAGAAAUCGCAGCGACCAAGUAUGGACCGGGAGAGCUGGUACAACCGCCGAGGCACCCCGAGUAA